CCAAUGGCACGACGACGACGACUGCCAUGAAGACGACACAUUCCCAAGGUAGGCAAUGUGCUGCUGGGCUCCCGCCAACUCUCACCACAUCCACCACACCUUCUGUCUGUCUGAGACACCCAUGUUCAACAAUGACAUGUCCACAUCCAACGCAUGAAUGACAAAUGAUCUAACUUAGAGAGAGAGAGGAGCACCCUGUGCACACUGCAACAUGGUCACUUCCCUUUGCUCUCAAUUUACCUAAUCCACCUCAAUUACUCCUCUCCUCUCUCUUCUCCUCUUAGAUAUAUUAUCAUUUAUAAAAAACUCUCUUGCUCUCUUCCCUCCCCCCCUCACCUCUCUUGCCUCUGUCUGGCCUUUCUCAUCUCCUUUUAUCUCUCGCUAUCUCCACUCCCCCCUCUCAUUCCCCCCCUCUAUCUCUCAUCUCUCUAUACUCUCUCUCCCCCCCCUCCUCUUGCUCUCUCUCUCUCUCUCUCUCUCCCCCCCUCUCUUGCUCUUUCCCUCUCUCUCUCUCUCUCGCUCUUUCUCUCUCCCCCCCUCUCUUGCUCCUCCCCUCUCUCUCUCUCUCUCUCACCAUCACACGCUAGUCAGUGGAGUCAUGUGGCUUGUUUAGUCUUAUUCUGUUCCUUAAAGUGGACAGUGGAAGGGAUUAGACGAGCUAUUCCAAAAGGAUUAUUGUCGCUAUUAACUGUCAUUAUAUGAUAGUUCUAUUUCCAGACGGUAACACACACGAGUAUAAUGUCCCACAGACAGUGGGCCUGUUAUGUGCUUUUCCAGACUUAAAUUCUGUUCCAUGUUGUGUGGCACGAGUAUAAUACAGGAAGAAAGCGUACAGUUUCUAGCCAGUAGUCAAAGCCAGUAAAAGGAUGAGGAUUGAAUGGGUUUGGUGGGGGAUUUUCUUCACUUACAGUGACAAAUAAGAAACAAGAUCUAGAUACAGCCUCCCGACAGGAUACUAUGACAUCAUUCUAUUGUCUCUUUAUAUCUCUCUAUACCGUGUAUCUUCUGGAUCCUCCUUCCCUCUCCUCUGCAGUGCGUCUGGUGAACGGGCGUAACCUGUGUGAGGGGCGUGUGGAGGUGUGGCACAACAGGACGUGGGGUACGGUGUGUGAUGACGACUGGGACACGGUAGAUGCCAACGUGGUGUGUCGGCAGCUGGACUGUGGUCUGGCCGUGGCGGUGGGCAGCAUCUCAGAGUACGGCCAGGGUUCGGGGCCCAUCCUGCUGGACAACGUAGACUGUAAAGGAGGGGAGACAGACCUGGGACAGUGUGGCAGUCUGGGCUGGGGCAUCCAUAACUGUUACCACUACGAGGAUGUAUCGGUCACAUGCAGAGGUAAGGCUCAUUGAGAUAUAUUUACAGUGCCUUGCAAAAGUAUUCAUCCCCCUUAGUGUUUUUCCUAUUUUGUUGCAUUACAACCUGUAAUUUAAAUUGAUAUUUAUUUGGAUUUCAUGUAAUGGACAUACACAAAAUAGUCCAAAUUGGUGAAGUGAAAAUUCUAAAAAAUAAAUAACGGAAAAGUUGUGCGUGCCUAUGUAUUCACACCCUUUGCUAUGAAGCCCCUAAAUAAGAUCUGGUGCAACCAAUUACCUUCAGAAGUCACAUAAUUCGUUAAAUAAAGUCCACCUGUGUGCAAUCUAAGUGUCACAUGAUCUGUCACAAGAUAUCAGUAUAUAUACGCCUGUUCUGAAAGGCCCCAGAAUCUGCAACACCACUAAGCAAGGGGCACCACCAAGCAAGUGGCACCAUGAAGACCAAGGAGCUCUCCAAACAGGUCAGGGACAAAGUUGUGGAGAAGUACAGAUCAGGGUUGGGUUUUAAAAAAUAUCUGAAACUUUGAACAUCCUACGGAACACCAUUAAAUCCAUUAUUAACAUUCUUAAAGACUAUGGCACCACAACAAACCUGCCAAGAGCGGGCCGCCCACUUAUGGACCAGGCAAGGAGGGCAUUAAUCAGAGAGGCAACAAAGAGACCAAAGAUAACCCUGAAGGAGCUGCGAAGCUCCAGGACCACUUUAAGCCAUACACUCCACAGAGCUGGGAUUUACGGAAGAGUGGCCAGAAAAAAGCCAUUGCUUAAAGAAAAAAAUAAGCAAACACAUUUUGUGUUCGCCAAAAGCCAUGUGGGAGUACCAGAAGGUACUCUGGUCAGAUGAGACUAAAAUUGAGCUUUUUGGCCAUCAAGGAAAACGCUAUGUCUGGCGCAAACCCAACACCUCUCAUCACCCCGAGAACACCAUCCCCACAGUGAAGCAUGGUGGUGGCAGCAUCAUGCUGUGGGGAUAUUUUUAAUCGGCAGGGACUGGGAAACUGGUCAGAAUUGAAGGAAUGAUGGAUGCCGCUAAAUACAGGGAAAUUCUUGAGGGAAACCUGUUUCAGUCUUCCAGAGAUUUGAGACUGAGAUGGAGGUUCACCUUCCAGCAGGACAAUGACCCUAAGCACACUGCUAAAGCAACACUCGAGGGGUUUAAGGUGAAACAUUUAAAUGUCUUGGAAUGUUCUAGUCAAAGCCCAGACCUCAAUCCGGACUCCUGAGUGGUGCAGUGGUCUAAGGCACUGCAUCGCAGUGCUAGCUGUGCCACUAGAGAUCCUGGUUCGAAUCCAGGCUCUGUCGUAGCCGGCCGCGACCGGGAGACCCAUGGGGCGGCGCACAAUUGGCCCAGCGUAGGGGAGGGAAUGGCCGGCAGGGAUGUAGCUCAGUUGGUUGAGCAUGGCGUUUGCAACGCCAGGGUUGUGGGUUUGAUUCCCACAGGGGGCCAGUAUGAAAAAAAAUAUAUAUAUAAUAAUAAUGUAUGCACUCACUAACUGUAAGUCGCUCUGGAUAAGAGCGUCUGCUAAAUGACAAAAAAAAAAUCCUAUUGAGAAUCUGUGGUAUGACAUAAAGAUUACUGUACACCAGCGGAACCCAUCCAACUUGAAGGAGCUGGAGCAGCCUUGAAGAAUUGGCUAAAAUCCCAGCGGCUAGAUGUGCCAAGCUUAUAGAGACAAACCCCAAGAGACUUGCAGCUGUAAUUGCUGCAAAAGGUGGCUCUACAAAGUGUUGACUUUGGGGGGGGGUGAAUAGUUAUGCACGCUCAAGUUCUGUUUUUUUGUCUUAUUUCUUGUUUGUUUCACAAUCAAAAAUAUUUUGCAUCUUCAAAGUGGUAGGCAUGUUGUGUAAAUCAAAUGAUACAACCCCCCCAAAAAAUCCAUUUUAAUUCCAGGUUGUAAGGCAACAAAAUAGAAAAAAUGCCAAGGGGGGUGAAUACUUUCGCAAGCCACUGUAUAAUACUCUAGUGCAGGGGUAUUCAACUCUUACCCUACAAGGUCCAGAGCUUGCUGGUUUUCUGUUCUACCUGAUAAUUAAUUGCACCCACCUGGUGUCUCAGGUCUAAAUCAGUCCAUGAUUAGAGGGGAACCAUGAAAAAACGCAGUGGAACUGGCUUCGAGGUCCAGAGUUGAGUUUGAGGGCUCUAGUGUAUUACUGUUGUAAUGAUGUUUUCUAUAGGAAGGGUCUUUACAAUUUAUAAAGAGCUCAUGUGAUGUCAAUGAGUGAGUUAAAAGGACACAUCCCUGGUGACUGAUUAGAGAAUCCAUUCUCACUAAUAAAAAUAAUGUAUUCCUUUAUUCCCUCCUUCUCAUCUCUCCUUAGUUCCAUCAGUGGUGGUGUCACGGGGCCUUGGCGAGGCCACCACUUCAUCUAGGAGAAACUCCGGUUUAAGUAAGUGAUCCAUUUAUUUAUUUGUCUCUAAUUUCAGUCAAAUGCAGUAAAAAAAAUAUGUAAAUAAAAUCGUUUUCAAGAAGGGUUCGUUUUUAUUCACUGUAUUAAACUGCUUUAAGGGAGAGGGUGAAGAAUCAACCUAUAAAGUCGGCUUGCCUCAGCCACAGUCAGGUAUGUAGAACUGUAGAACUCAAAGUCAUUUCUAGCUCAGUCAAAAGUUCCUUGUGAAAAGAUACAACAGAUAGUCACUGUAAAUUAUUAUAGAAAGUUCCGGGUCUUUUGUUGCUGUCUAUCUUUUAUCUAUACCCCUAACUCCCAAGUGGGUCACAGGACAUCAUUCCCGGCUCCUUCUUUGAGAGAACCUGACGUAUCCGCCUGGUUCUCCACACAUAGACAUGUAUACCACUGGGAAUGGUGUUGAGGCUACGUGGAAUCCUUAGGUUGCUGACUCUUUCGGGAGGGGGAUGUUGAAGUUGAAGCCUAAAGGAUACAUUGUCUAUUUUAAUAGUGUUUAUCUUCAAACCCCCUCCACGGGACGACACCAUACGUGUUCGCUCACUGUAGCCUUUCUUAUUUUCACCUCAAUGCAGUUUUCUCUGAAAACGUUUCAGUGCUUCGGUUUUCUAUAUAAAAUGACUAUGGAACAACAGGCUUCAUUGAAACACUGGACAAAACACAGUCAGAGAGACUGAAUUCACCAACUGAAAACUAAUGGUCCUCUGUAGCUCAAUUGGUAGAGCAUGGCGCUUGUAACGCCAGGGUAGUGGGUUCGAUCCCCGGGACCACCCAUACGUAAAAAGGUUGACUGUAAGUCGCUUUGGAUAAAAGCGUCUGCUAAAUGGCAUAUUAUUAUAAUGAAUACGCAUGUGAUCAACAAGUUUGAACAGCCCAUAGGGCAGGAGUCUAUAUCCUGAUUCUGUAGUGUGAGGCUGCUUGAUAUACAAGAUGCUAGUCUAUCGUAGGGCCUUACACUCAAUCCAUCUGCCAAACAGAGAAUUCGGCUAUCAUUUUUUGAGUCCUUUGUACGUCUCGACUGGGGAUUGAACCCCCCCACCUUGCAAUCUUAAGGCAGACACUCCAACCUCAACGCCACUAAGUUGGUGGUGUGCUCACUACAGUGUUUAUUUAAACGUCUACAUAGAAGACAACACGCACACAAGAGCCCAAUAAAUCUAGCCUGGAAUCCAAACUAAAUAGUCUGCGUUUACACAGGCAGCCCAAUUCUGAUCUUUUCCCACUAAUAUUGGUCUUUUGACCAAUCAGAUCAGCUCUUUUGCCAAUAAUUGGGCAAAAUAUCAGUAUUGGGCUGCCUGUGUAAAUGCAGCCGUAAUGAAACAGAGUGAUAUUCAGUUAAGGAUUUUAAGCCACUAUUUUUUUUUAUUUAACCUUUAUUUAUCCAGGUAGUGUCAUUGAGAUACAAUCAGUUUUUCAAUAGAGACCUGGACCAACCAUAUACAUAGACAGCUUUACACCACUCCAGCCGACGCUUGGCAUUGCGCAUGGUGAUCUUAGGCUUGUGUGCGGCUGCUCGGCCAUGGAAACCCAUUUUCAUGAAGCUCCCGACAAACAGUUAUUGUGCUGAUGUUGCUUCCAGAGGCAGUUUGAAACUCAGUAGUGAAUGUUGCAACUGAAGACAGAUGAUUUUUACACGCUACGCGCUUCAGCACUCGGUGGUCCCAUUCUGUGAGCUUGUGUGGCCUACCACUUCGCGGCUGAGCCCUUGUUGCUCCUAGACGUUUCCUCUUCACAAUAACCGCACUUACAGUUGACCGGGGCAGCUCGAACAGGGCAGAAAUUUGACGAACUGACUUGUUGGAAAGGUGGCAUCCUAUGACGGUGCCACGUUGAAAGUCACUGAGCUUAUCAGUAAGGCCAUUCUACUGCCACGGUUUGUCUAUGGAGAUUGCAUGGCUGUGUGCUCGAUUUUAUACACCUGUCAGCAACGGGUGUGGCUGAAAUAGCCGAAUCCACUAAUUUGAAGGGGUGCCCACAUACUUUUGCAUAUAUAGUGUACAUGGAAUGCUGAUGAAUCCCACCCUCCCCUAUAUUUUAGGAGAUGGUACGAUCCGGUUAGUUGGUGGACUGGACUACUGCCAGGGACGGGUGGAGGUCUUCUACCAGGGCAGCUGGGGGACGGUGUGUGAUGACGACUGGGGCAUGAGAGACGCAGGGGUGGUGUGCCAGCAGAUAGGCUGUGGCCACGCCGUUUCCUCCACCACCAACGCCUACUUUGGUUACGGCACAGGCCUGAUUCUACUGGACAACGUCAACUGUAAUGGCUACGAGAACCAGCUGAGUAAAUGCUACAGCCUGGGAUGGGGGAUACACAACUGUGGACAUCAUGAGGAUGCUGGAGUUAUCUGUUCAGGUGAGAAUCUCUCUGUCUCUGUCUCUGUCUCUCUCUCUGUCUCUCUGUCUCUCUCUCUCUCUCUCUCUCUCUCUCUCUCUCUCUCUCUGUCUCUGUCUCUCUGUCUCUCUGUCUCUCUGUCUCUCUCUCUCUCUCUCUCUCUCUCUCUCUCUGUCUCUCUGUCUCUCUGUCUCUCUGUCUCUCUGUCUCUCUGUCUCUCUGUCUCUCUCUCUCUCUCUCUCUGUCUCUGUCUCUCUCUCUCUCUGUCUCUCUCUCUGUCUCUCUCUCUGUCUCUCUCUCUGUCUCUCUGUCUCUCUCUCUCUCUCUCAAUGGCUUUAAUACUAUUCUAAAUCUCUGUUCUCUCUGUGUAGGUUCAGGCUCCACCACUGUUCCUCCCAUGAAAACUGCCACAAUGUCCAUGCAAAGGGGAUUCUUCCAGACUGCCAGCAUUGCAGGUAAUUGUUGAGCUUCAGUACUAUAAUAGCAAUAACAGUGUACAGUCGUGGUCAAAAGUUUUGAGAAUGACACAAAUAUUCAUUCUCACAAAGUCUGCUGCCUCAGUUUUUAUGAUGGCAAUUUGCAUAUACUUCAGAAUGUUAUGAAGAGUGAUCAGAUUAAUUGAAAUUAAUUGCAAAGUCCCUCUUUGCCAUGAAAAUGAACUUAAUCCCCAAAAAACAUUUCCACUGCAUUUCAGCCCUGCCACAAAAGGACCAGCUGACAUCAUGUCAGUGAUUCUCUUGUUAACACAGGUGAGAGUGUUGACGAGGACAAGGCUGGAGAUCACUCUGUCAUGCUGAUUGAGUUAGAAUAACAGACUGGAAGCUUUAAAAGGAGGGUGGUGCUUGAAAUCAUUGUUCUUCCUCUGUUAACCAUGGUUACCUGCAAGGAAACACGUGCCGUCAUCAUUGCUUUGCACAAAAAGGGCUUCACAGGCAAGGAUAUUGCUGCUAGUAAGAUUGCCCUUAAAUCAACCAUUUAUCGGAUCAUCAAGAACUUCAAGGAGAGAGAGGUUCAAUUGUUGUGAAGAAGGCUUCAGGGCGCCCAAGAAAGUCCAGCAAGUGUCAGGACCGUCUCCUAAAGUUGAUUCACCUGCCGGAUCGAGGCACCACCAGUGCAGAGCUUGCUCAGGAAUGGCAGCAGGCAGGUGUGAGUGCAUCUGCACGCACAGUGAGUCGAAGACUUUUGGAGGAUGGCCUGGUGUCAAGAAGGGCAGAGAGGAAGCCACUUCUCUCCAGGAAAAACAUCAGGGACAGACUGAUAUUCUGCAAAAGGUACAGGGAUUGGACUGCUGAGGACUGGGGUAAAGUCAUUUUCUCUGAAUCCCCUUUCCGAUUGUUUGGGGCAUCCUGAAAAAAGCUUGUCCGGAGAAGACAAGGUGAGAGCUACCAUCAGUCCUGUGUCAUGCCAACAGUAAAGCAUCCUGAGACCAUUCAUGUGUGGGGUUGCUUCUCAGCCAAGGGAGUGGGCUCACUCACAAUUUUGCCUAAGAACACAGACAUGAAUAAAGAAUGGUACCAACACAUCCUCUGAGAGCAACUUCUCCCAACCAUCCAAGAACAGUUUGGUGACGAACAAUGCCUUUUCCAGCAUGAUGGAGCACCUUGCCAUAAGGCAAAGUGAUAACUAAGUGGCUCGGGGAACAAAACAUCUAAAUUUUGGGUCCAUGGCCAGGAAACUCCCCAGACCUUAAUCAAAUUGAGAACUUGUGGUCAAUCCUCAAGAGGUGGGGUGGACAAACAAAAACCCCACAAAUUCUGACAAACUCCAAGCAUUGAUUAUGCAAGAAUGGGCUGCCAUCAGUCAGGAUGUGGCCCAGAAGUUAAUUGACAGCAUGCCAGGGCGGAUUGCAGAGGUCUUGAAAAAGAAGGGUCAACACUGCAAAUAUUGACUCUUUGCAUAAACUUAAUGUAAUUGUCAAUAAAAGCCUUUGACACUUAUGGAAUGCUUGUAAUUAUACUUCAGUAUACCAUAGUAACAUCUGACAAAAAUAUCUAAAAACACUGAAGCAGCAAACUUUGUGAAGACCAAUACUUGUGUCAUUCGUGGUCCUCUGUAGCUCAGCUGGUAGAGCACGGCGCUUGUAACGCCAAGGUAGUGGGUUUGAUCCCCGGGACCACCCAUACACAAAAAUGUAUGCACGCAUGACUGUAAGUCGCUUUGGAUAAAAGCGUCUGCUAAAUGGCAUAUUAUUAUUAUUCUCAACUUUUGGCCACGACUGUAGGUCCCCAUCAGACCACACUGCUCCACCUGCACCUCUAUCCUAUGACCAACAGAGGGUGCUGGUUCACCUAUAGGUUUAUCUAAAUCUGAGCCAGAGGUGCCACUCAAUACAUUGUUUCAAUGGAGCAUGUAAAUGAAGUCACCCCCAUAGAGAUCCUAUUAAAUUACUAGGAGGGCUACAGUAUGUCCUAAACCCUCAAAGUUCCAGAACAUGGUGAAAAUGGCAGCCAUUUUGGUCAGGGAGAAAUCCAAACCCGUCUAAUUUCCUGAUUUGACUAAUGCAGGAAAAUAAAAGUAAGGCAUGUGAUGUCAGAAAUGGUGUAAUAGAAUUAUAGUCAACCUAAAAUGUUGUCAUAUUAUAAAUACAGCUUAUACGGGUUUUAUGACAAUUUUCUGUAUAAAUAGCCUCUAAAAUAUAUGUAAAAAGACCAUACAUUUUUUUAAAUGUUUGUUUUCUUGGAAAGCAGUGAGUGCUAUUAUAUGAUACAAUAUCAGUACUUGCAUUUGCAACUUGUCUAAGGCUGUGGGUUGACUGCAGUGUUUGAAUGGAAUGUUGGCAUAUUGGCAGUUAAUUUGAUCAAUUUAUGGAAUCAUUCCUCUAAAACUGUCUGGCUGGCUAACUAACAAACAUACAGUGCAGACACAUUCUUCUAAUUAAUUGUUGUGCACAAUAUUUUAUCACAGCACUGGCAAACCAUGGUUGACCAAUUCCCUGACCAAAAUGGCUGACCUUUUAUACUAACAUAAGAGGCUUAAUGUCCAUUCUAGUAUUCUUUAAUUCUAUGGUCACCCCACCCUCUCUCCUCACAGAGGAUGGGAAACCCUCUGCUGUGUACUGUAGGCGUCAGCUUGCUUGUGUAGACUUACUCAUCAUUCUGAUUCUAAUGCAUUUCUCGUCCUAUUCCAGUAACCGACCGAACAGAACCAGUCAAUACGACUACGACGAGGACCGUGACAACGACAACGGUUGCUAUGACAACCAAAGGUAGUGGCGAUGCUGCGCCGCCAGGUGACAAAUGAAAGGGAAUUAACUCCAGCUAAUGUACACCAAACAGAUACAUCUGUUAUUAUAAUAUUGCCUUAUUAUUCACAAAUAUUCCAUUUUAUAGGUUAAAGCCAUUGCGCAACAGCAACGCGCAGUAACACAUUUUUCUAAUAAACCUCUCCAUGAAGAAUGUAGCCCUCUGUGUUUCCUCCUCCAGAGCGGCCCGUCAUCCGCGUGGUGAACGGUAAUAGCAGCUGCCAGGGCCGCGUAGAGGUGUUCUACAACAACCUCUGGGGCACGGUGUGUGACGACGACUGGGAGCUGCCCAACGCCCAGGUGGUGUGUAGGCAGCUUGGCUGUGGUCCCGCCAUCGCUGCCAAGAUCCUGGCCUUCUUCGGCUACGGCUCGGGUCCCAUCCUGCUGGACAACGUGGACUGUGAGGGCAGUGAAACAAAUCUGGAGAAUUGUUUCAACCUCGGCUGGGGACAGCACAACUGUGGACACCAUGAAGACGCUGGAGUCAUCUGUGCACGUAAGACUGACUGGGACUAUGCUAAUAUAACUUAUUUGUCCGAUGUGAAUCGGAUAUUCAUCUUUUGAUCUGCUGCAGGCAGGACUGCUACAGUAGACUGAGUAAUGUUGUCCACUAGCCAUCUGUCUCGAACCGUCUGGUUUCACAGCGCCUCAGAAUGGAGCAUUAAAUUCAAUUGAAUGGAAGCCUCUGACAGGAGCAGACGAAAGCAACCGCUGGUUUUAAUUGGCUGAUCUCUGUCCAUCACCAUCUAGCAUAACCCUUGACCUCCCCGUACAUUGUGGGCUUCAAAGUGCAACCAGCGCAAGUGAUUUAAAGUUUGGAAAAUCUCAAAGUACUUAGAAAUAGUUUUCACAUAAACUGUACAUGCCCAAACUCAAUUGGGCUUUGCAAAAAACAUAAUGGUCCAUGUGAUAGAACAUUUAUUUUGAUUGGCGUUUUUCGCCAUUCAAAGUCCCAUCUAAUACAGUGAGGGAAAAACGUAUUUGAUCCCCUGCUGAUAUUGUAUGUUUGCCCACUGACAAAGACAUGAUCAGUCUAUAAUUUUAAUGGUAGGUUUAUUUGAACAGUGAGAGACAGAAUAACGACAAAGAAAUCCAGAAAAAUGCAUGUCAAAAAUGUUAUAAAUUGAUUUGCAUUUUAAUGAGGGAAAUAAGUAUUUGACCCCCUCUGCAAAACAUGACUUAGUACUUGGUGGCAAAACCCUUGUUGGAAAUCACAGAGGUCAGACGUUUCUUGUAGUUGGCCACCAGGUUUGCACACAUCUCAGGAGGGAUUUUGUCCCACUCCUCUUUGCAGAUCUUCUCCAAGUCAUUAAGGUUUCGAGGCUGACGUUUGGCAACUCAAACCUUCAGCUCCCUCCACAGAUUUUCUAUGGGAUUAAGGUCUGGAGACUGGCUAGGCCACUCCAGGACCUUAAUGUGCUUCUUCUUGAGCCACUCCUUUAUUGCCUUGGCCGUGUGUUUUGGGUCAUUGUCAUGCUGGAAUACCCAUCCACAACCCAUUUUCAAUGCCCUGUCUGAGGGAAGGAGGUUCUCACCCAAGAUUUGACGGUACAUGGCCCCGUCCAUCGUCCCUUUGAUGCGGUGAAGUUGUCCUGUCCCCUUAGCAGAAAAACACCCCCAAAGCAUAAUGUUUGACGGUGAGGAUGGUGUUCUUGGGGUCAUAGGCAGCAUUCCUCCUCCUCCAAACACUGCGAGUUGAGUUGAUGCCAAAGAGCUCGAUUUUGGUCUCAUCUGACCACAACACUUUCACCCAGUUCUCCUCUGAAUCAUUCAGAUGUUCAUUGGCAAACUUCAGACAGCCCUGUAUAUGUGCUUUCUUGAGCAGGGGGACCUUGCAGGUGCUGCAGGAUUUCAGUCCUUCAUGGCGUAGUGUGUUACCAAUUGUUUUCUUGGUGACUAUGGUCCCAGCUGCCUUGAGAUCAUUGACAAGAUCCUCCCGUGUAGUUCUGGGCUGAUUCCUCACCGUUCUCAUGAUCAUUGGAACUCCACGAGGUGAGAUCUUGCAUGGAGCCCCAGGCCGAGGGAGAUUGACAGUUCUUUUGUGUUUCUUCCAUUUGCGAAUAAUCGCACCAACUGUUGUCACCUUCUCACCAAGCUGCUUGGCGAUGGUCUUGUAGCCCAUUCCAGCCUUGCAUAGGUCUACAAUCUUGUCCCUGACAUCCUUUGAGAGCUCUUUGGUCUUGGCCAUGGUGGAGAGUUUGGAAUCUGAUUGAUUGCUUCUGUGGACAGGUGUCUUUUAUACAGGUAACAAGCUGAGAUUAGGAGCACUCCCUUUAAGAGUGUGCUCCUAAUCUCAGCUCGUUACCUGUAUAAAAGACACCUGGGAGCCAGAAAUCUUUCUGAUUGAGAGGGGGUCAAAUACUUAUUUCCCUUAUUAAAAUGCAAAUCAAUUUAUAACAUUUUUGACAUGCGUUUUUCUGGAUUUUGAGGGCCGGCAUUAUGUCCUCACUUGUCAGCAUUUUCCUUGGUUGAUUAUUCUGGUCAAAAUCUAACGUUCUAUAGAAUCCUGGAACCACAAACACAGGCAGACAGUCAUAUUUAACAGUUCUUUAAUAUUCCCCUUUUAGUUAAAAGGGGGUAAGUUACGCAAUAUUAAAACCAGAACACACAAGGACAGGCCCAGGCAGACAUUCACACCAGAGUUCAUCUUUGGUUGGGGGCCAGCCUGGUCCAAGAGCGGUAGUCGUCGUGGACUCAUUUUAGUAAUUUAGCAGACACUCUUAUCCAGAGCAAUUAGGGUUAAGUGCCUUGCUCAAGGGCACAGACAGAUUUUUCACCUAGUCAGCUCAGGGAUUCGAACCAGCGACCUUCCGGUUACUGGCCCAAUGCUUUUAACCGCUAGGCUACCUGACCGCGUCCUUGCAGUGGAGAGAGAGAAGCUGAAUCGAUCAGUCAUUUGAAAACAUAGCAUUACUUCACUUAGAGAGGCGGAUUACAUUUACAUUACAUUUUAGUAAUUUAGCAGACGCUCUUAUCCAGAGCGACUUACAGUUAGUGCAUACAUUAUUUUAUAUUUUUCAUACUGGCCCCCCGGUAAACGGAUGAGGUCAUUCGUUUACCGAGCAGGGUAGCGGUCUCUCCCGGGAGCAGGGUAGCGGUCUCUCCUGGGAGCAGGGUAGCGGUCUCUCCCGGGAGCAGGGUAGCGGUCUCUCCCGGGAGCAGGGUAGCGGUCUCUCCCGGGAGCAGCUCCUCUUUCCCCAGGCGUUGUCAGCAGCGGUCUGGGCGAGGCCUGCGUUCCGUUGUUUGCCUGUUCAAUGUCAUUUGGAUCAGCCUUUAUGCAGGUGGCAGCUCGUUAGCCCCAUGCUGUCCAGUGUCCAGGUGCGCCGGCCUGGUACCAAACCAGACAGCUAGUGGACUCAUUCCCUCAUUCACUCAACAAGACAAACACUCAAAAAAGGGCUAUGAAGCUCAAGUAAAAUAAUAUAGAACGUUUUACUGAAUAAUAUACUGAAGUAGUGAUGAAUAUAAAGGAGAAGCAGGAAUAAAUAAGACUCUUCUAAUAUGUAAAUAAAAACAAAGAAAAUUAGGCUAUGGAACAUGUGACACCUGUACACACACACACACACACACACACACACAUUCUCUGUAGUCAUCGCUCUCAGGCACACACACUGUCACCCCAUAGUCACCCUUCCCACAGUCAUCCCUCUCUCCUCUCCUCCUCCCUGCUGAGCUGAGUGUUGGUCUCUAAGGAGCAGGCCCCACCCCCCGCCUGGCAGGCCCAGAGUGCAUGAAAUAUAGAAUGGAGAAGUCAAGGGUGAUAAGCCUCACUGGGGUAAUCAGCCUCACUGGUGGUGAUCAGCCUCACUGGUGGUGAUCAGCCUCACUGGGGUAAUCAGCCUCUCUGGGGUAAUCAGCCUCUCUGGGGCAAUCAGCCUCUCUGGGGCAAUCAGCCUCUCUGGAAGCCUGCAGGCUAAACCUCCAUUCUUUAAGGCUAAAUAAGACACAGUAGAGAAAGACAAUAAAAAGAGGGAAAGACGUCCUUCCUGUUACUAAGGUCUACAUCAAAUCAGGGUUAGCAGAGCUGACCAGGUGAACCUUCCUUCCUGUUACUAAGGUCUACAUCAAAUCAGGGUUAGCAGAGCUGACCAGGUGAACCUUCCUUCCUGUUACUAAGGUCUACAUCAAAUCAGGGUUAGCAGAGCGGACCAGGUGAACCUUCCUUCCUGUUACUAAGGUCUACAUCAAAUCAGGGUUAGCAGAGCGGACUAGGUGAACCUUCCUUCCUGUUACUAAGGUCUACAUCAAAUCAGGGUUAGCAGAGCGGACCAGGUGAACCUUCCUUCCUGUUACUAAGGUCUACAUCAAAUCAGGGUUAGCAGAGCGGACCAGGUGAACCUUCCUUCCUGUUACUAAGGUCUACAUCAAAUCAGGGUUAGCAGAGCUGACCAGGUGAACCUUCCUUCCUGUUACUAAGGUCUACAUCAAAUCAGGGUUAGCAGAGCUGACCAGGUCAACCUUCCUUCCUGUUACUAAGGUCUACAUCAAAUCAGGGUUAGCAGAGCGGACCAGGUGAACCUUCCUUCCUGUUACUAAGGUCUACAUCAAAUCAGGGUUAGCAGAGCUGACCAGGUGAACCUUCCUUCCUGUUACUAAGGUCUACAUCAAAUCAGGGUUAGCAGAGCUGACCAGGUGAACCUUCCUUCCUGUUACUAAGGUCUACAUCAAAUCAGGGUUAGCAGAGCUGACCAGGUGAACCUUCCUUCUUGUUGCUAAAGUCUACAUCAAAUCAGGGUUAGCAGAGCGGACCAGGUGAACCUUCCUUCUUGUUGCUAAAGUCUACAUCAAAUCAGGGUUAGCAGAGCGGACCAGGUGAACCUUCCUUCUUGUUGCUAAAGUCUACAUCAAAUCAGGGUUAGCAGAGCGGACCAGGUGAACCUUCCUUCUUGUUGCUAAAGUCUACAUCAAAUCAGGGUUAGCAGAGCGGACCAGGUGAACCUUCCUUCUUGUUGCUAAAGUCUACAUCAAAUCAGGGUUAGCAGAGCGGACCAGGUGAACCUUCCUUCUUGUUGCUAAAGUCUACAUCAAAUCAGGGUUAGCAGAGCGGACCAGGUGAACCUUCCUUCUUGUUGCUAAAGUCUACAUCAAAUCAGGGUUAGCAGAGCGGACCAGGUGAACCUUCCUUCUUGUUGCUAAAGUCUACAUCAAAUCAGGGUUAGCAGAGCGGACCAGGUGAACCUUCCUUCUUGUUGCUAAAGUCUACAUCAAAUCAGGGUUAGCAGAGCGGACCAGGUGAACCUUCCUUCUUGUUGCUAAAGUCUACAUCAAAUCAGGGUUAGCAGAGCGGACCAGGUGAACCUUCCUUCUUGUUGCUAAAGUCUACAUCAAAUCAGGGUUAGCAGAGCGGACCAGGUGAACCUUCCUUCUUGUUGCUAAAGUCUACAUCAAAUCAGGGUUAGCAGAGCGGACCAGGUGAACCUUCCUUCCUGUUACUAAAGUCUACAUCAAAUCAGGGUUAGCAGAGCGGACCAGGUGAACCUUCCUUCUUGUUACUAAGGUCUACAUCAAAUCAGGGUUAGCAGAGCGGACCAGGUGAACCUUCCUUCUUGUUGCUAAAGUCUACAUCAAAUCAGGGUUAGCAGAGCGGACCAGGUGAACCUUUCUUCCUGUUACUAAAGUCUACAUCAAAUCAGGGUUAGCAGAGCGGACCAGGUGAACCUUCCUUCUUGUUGCUAAAGUCUACAUCAAAUCAGGGUUAGCAGAGCGGACCACGUGAACCAUCCUUCCUGUUACUAAAGUCUACAUCAAAUCAGGGUUAGCAGAGCGGACCAGGUGAACCAUCCUUCCUGUUACUAAAGUCUACAUCAAAUCAGGGUUAGCAGAGCGGACCAGGUGAACCUUCCUUCUUGUUGCUAAAGUCUACAUCAAAUCAGGGUUAGCAGAGCGGACCAGGUGAACCAUCCUCCCUGUUACUAAAGUCUACAUCAAAUCAGGGUUAGCAGAGCGGACCAGGUGAACCUCAGUGAACCUAUGAUUUCUGACUGAGAUGAUAAGGGCAUCACAAAGUUGACUUCUAGAGUAGUUUUCUUCUGAUCUAACUGAUUAACUGAUCAAUGGAUUAACUCCUUACAACGUUUUGAGUGCUCUGGUCUAGACUGUUCUGAUGAUAGAACCGUAUCAACAGUUGUUCUCAAGUAGAUGACCACUCCCUAGGGAAACAUACACAGCAGAUAGAAACCUCAUACCGCCUCCCUCUUCUUCUCCAGCCUUUCAGCCUGUUCAAACUGGAAGAGAGUUCAUCAUGACAGAAAGAAUACCCACCACUAGACCACCAAGUGACGGUGAGUCUGCUGCCUGUUCAGGUUUAGCUACACGUUCUGGGUUCAAGUAAAGGUCAAAAGUCAACACACAUUCACAGCAUCACUUUUCCAGAGGCCGUCUUCCGUAAUGCAUCAUAUUUCAAUCAUGUCUUAGGAGUGUGUGGUAUGUGUUAAAUGUUAUUUUGCUCCAGUAUAUGUGACUGUUUCUACCCCCUCUCUCUCUCUAGGCAUGGUGAGGUUGGCGGGCGGGCAGCACCACUGCGAGGGCCGGGUGGAGGUGUUCUCCGGGUCGAAAUGGGGUACGGUGUGUGACGACGCCUGGGACAUGCCAGAUGCCCAGGUGGUGUGUCGCCAGCUGGGCUGCGGUCCGGCUGCUGUGGCCCGCGGGGAGGCCUUCUUUGGCCGCGGCACCGGCACCAUCCUCCUGGACAAUCUGAAGUGCAGCGGCUCUGAGGCCUCGCUCCAGCAGUGCUCCCACAUAUCCUGGGAUGUGCACAACUGUGACCACUCUGAAGACGCCGGCGUCACGUGCUCACUGUCG